CCCGGAAGCGCAGGAAGGAGCGCGCCUGCGCAAUGGGCGCUCAGGCCCCCUCCUCCCAGGCGGGUGGGUCUCAGCUUUGUGCUCCAUCCCUGGAAGGCACCGGGAGAAAGUGUUUAUUUUUCGCCUUUGUUCCCGGUUCAUAGUUUCCCCAUCCAUGGGCCUUCAAAACCUACUGCUGCCACUACGGAGCUAGGCAGUCACUAUCUCGGCUCUAUGAUGUCCGUUCUUCCACUAGAACCUUCCCUGAGCGACUGAGGUCUGCCAACAGGGCUGCUCAUGAAAGUGUUGUUUUUAAGAAAAUUUAAAACCAGUGGGAUGGAAAGAAAAUGCUUCAGGCGCCCUGGGUUAGGCCCACCAACGCUGUACACAUUCCUGCUAGGCAUUAUAUUCAUUACUCUAAGUUCAAGUCGCAUCCUACUAGUAAAAUAUUCUGCCAACGAAGAGAACAAGUAUGAUUAUCUCCCUACGACUGUGAACGUGUGCUCAGAGCUGAUGAAGCUGAUUCUCUGUAUACUUGUGUCACUCUGUGUUCUAAAGAAAGAGGAUCAUCAAAGUAGACAUUUGAGAUGUACUUCGUGGAAGGAAUUCGCAAGUUUCAUGAAGUGGUCCAUUCCUGCCUUCCUAUACUUCCUGGACAACUUGAUUGUCUUCUAUGUCCUAUCCUAUCUUCAGCCUGCCAUGGCUGUUAUCUUCUCGAAUUUUAGCAUUAUAACAACAGCUCUUCUAUUCAGGAUAGUGCUGAAGCGGCAUCUGAACUGGAUCCAGUGGGCUUCCCUCCUGAUUCUGUUCUUAUCUAUCGUCGCCCUAACUGCCAGUACCAAAACGUCCCAGCAUGACUUGGCAGGACAUGGAUUUCAUCACGAUGCCUUCCUCACCCCAUCUAAUUCCUGCCUUCAUUUCAGCAGAGACUGUUCCCUAAAAGACAAUUGUACAUCACAGGAGUGGGCUUUCAGCGAAGUCCAGUGGAACACCACAGCCAGAGUUUUUAGUCACAUCCGUUUGGGCUUGGGCCAUGUUCUGAUUAUAGUUCAGUGUUUUAUUUCUUCAAUGGCCAAUAUCUAUAAUGAGAAGAUCCUGAAGGAGGGGACACAGCUCACUGAGAGCAUCUUCAUACAGAAUAGCAAGCUUUAUUUCUUUGGCAUUGUUUUUAAUGGGCUGACCCUGGUCCUUCAGAGCAGUAACCGUGAUCAGAUUCAGAACUGUGGGUUUUUUUAUGGCCACAAUGCAUUUUCAGUAGUCCUUAUUUUCGUGACUGCCUUCCAGGGCCUUUCAGUUGCUUUUAUCUUGAAAUUCUUAGAUAACAUGUUUCAUGUCUUGAUGGCCCAGGUGACAACUGUCAUCAUCACAACAGUGUCCGUCCUGGUCUUUGACUUCAGGCCCUCCCUGGAUUUUUUCCUAGAAGCCCCAUCAGUCCUCCUCUCUAUAUUUAUUUAUAAUGCUAGCAAGCCUCAAAAUUUAGAAUGUGCACCUAGGCAAGAAAGGAUCCGAGAUCUAAGUGGCAGUCUUUGGGAGCGUUCCAGUGGGGAUGGAGAAGAGCUGGAAAGACUUACCAAACUCAAGAGUGAUGAGUCAGAAGAUGACACUUUGUAAUGGUACCUGGUUGGUAGACAACUCCCACAAACUGGGUUUGCACAUUUUCAGCAUUUGUGGCAUUUCUCUUUUCUGGUAAACUGAUGAUGUUUGAAAGCAUAGUAUUCUUUACCUGUAUCUAACCACUGAAUAAACAGCUCCAUCCAAGACCUAUAGCAGCCACAGGAUGGCAGAGUUCUAAGACAUAAACAUAGCACUGUGCAUAACUCAAUACCUAAUGAGUUAACAGGACACAUAUGCAAAUUGUUUGUUCAACCUCCAGGUGCCAGAAGUCAUGUUAAUUUGACCCUACAGAUAACACAAAAGGAGACAGCUUACCAGAUACUAAUCGUUGUGUAAUAUCAUCUGCCCACCAAGGACAUCUCUCUCUGUCAUUGUUAUAUUGUCUUGGUUGUCCCUCAGAUUUCGAGGCCUUAGCAAUAGUCAUUUUGCUUUUAUUAAAGCAAUAAGACUCUAAAAGUUUUGUCUGAAAGACCUAAGUAUCUGGCUGUGCCAUAGAUUUUAAAUAACAUCCUUUAUGAUAAAUAUUUUUAAGCUAUUCAGAAAUAAAAUUUCAAAUUUUUAUUUGGAACUUAUAAGAAAUUGUAUUCUUAGAAAUCAUCUUUUAUUUACAUGAAAAUUGGUUGCCUUGUUAUCAUAGUUAGCACUUGUAUUUUAAAUCACUUAAGCCAAUGUGGAAUUAUUUGUUUGCUCCAUCCUUGAUUUGUACAUUUACAAAAUCUUGACAUCAUUACCUUUUGAUGUUGAGUUCCUGUGCUGAGAAUUCAGUUGUUUUAUUACUGAGUUAUUAAUUGAAGUGUGUAACUGUUAUCUAUCUUUGUAUAAUAUCCUAUUCUAAAAGUCAGGACUCUGACUUUAGGAUGCCUUUAUAAGAAUCCUUUUGUAAAAACCAUGAUGACUUUUAAUGAAAGAGAGUAGUAUUACUCCAAGAGGGCCAGUAACCAGAAAGUCACCUUUCAACAACACUUCCUACUUAUAAGUGCAUGGUAUUUCUCAAGACAGGUUUGCAUGCAGCCAGUUGAUUCUUCAUUGCUAGAGCAGUCGUGUGACAGAUAAUUAAAAUGUAAGAAAAUAGAGUGAUUUGUCCCAGGUCUUAUAGCUGAAGGGUAAUAGAAACAAGCUUCAAGCCUGUGUGUUUACAAACUCCUAUACUGUAAAUGUGAAUUAUAAGCUACCAUGAAGCUUGCACAUUCCUUCUUCAAGUUUCCAUGUAUUUAUAUGUAAGAUAUUACUAUUAUUAUAAUCCACCUGUCUACCCAGAAUAAUAGAACUGGCAAUCAUUGCUCAAAUUUUUUAAUUAAAAUAAUUACUAAACUCU